UCGAAAGCUGUAGAUUUGUUCCGUGGUAACACGUUUGUUCCCAUCUUCUGUCUGAGUGCGGCAGAUAUGCAUACGGUAGAUUGUGCAGUGAAGAAAAAGUAGUGUUUUUUGUGAUACCAGUGCUUUUUGCAAAGGAAUUCCGUGCUAAAAUUUUAGUUCCGCGCAGUGUCCUACGGAGUAACUAGUGUGGUGACAAAUUUUUGGAUCCCGGAAGUGCAGAAAUUUUUUUUCUAGUUUUUUCCUUCUAUACCGUGGAGCAGAUCAAACCAGACCCGUGCCAGCGGAGAAAUUUUUGCUAAAGAAUGGCAGUAAAUGUGUAUUCAACCAACGUGACUACAGACAACUUAUCCAGGCAUGACAUGCUAUCGUGGGUAAACGACUGCCUUCGGUCCCAGUUCACUAAGAUCGAGGAACUGUGUACGGGUGCCGCCUAUUGCCAGUACAUGGAUAUGCUGUUUCCAGGUUCAGUGCCGAUGAAGCGCGUCAAAUUUCGUACGAAUUUAGAACACGAAUACAUUCAGAAUUUUAAAAUCCUGCAAGCGGCAUUCAAAAAAAUGAACGUGGACAAGGUCAUCCCGGUGGAUAAGCUGAUUAAGGGACGCUUUCAAGAUAACUUUGAAUUUUUGCAAUGGUUCAAGAAGUUCUUCGAUGCCAACUAUGACGGUCGAGAGUACGACGCACUGGAGGCACGUUUCGGCAUCCUGCUAGGUUCGGGUGCAAUCCAAAAUGAACUGGGUGUAGGUGAACUGCCGAAACGGCACAUCCAAGCACCGAAAUCGCAGAAGCUACCCCCUCACCAUGUCACAUCCACCGUGUCCAAAGUCACACCCAGUAGACCCGCAGCACCAAUGGGUAAUCUGGAGCGCCGGCAGAUCGGCGGUGUUGGCGCCACAACGAUUGCCAGCAAAUCCUCCUCGCAGAACAGUGUGACGAAUCAGCAGGUGGAUGAAUUGACCAACCAGGUGCAGGACAUGCGGUUACAUCUAGAGGGGCUGGAAAAGGAGCGCGACUUCUACUUCAGCAAGCUGCGGGAUAUUGAGAUCUUAUGUCAAGAAGACGAACCAAACGAAGGGCAGAACGAGUUGGUCCAAAGAAUUCUCAAUAUUCUCUAUGCGACGGAGGUAGGUGACGGUUUCGCACCUCCGGAUGAUAUGCCCCCAGAGGAGGAAGAGUACUAGAGCGGUACAGCCUAUACACACGCACUCGACUGUUACAAGAGAAAGGUGAAACCAACAGGACUGUCAACAGUGUGCGAAUUCAACAAGACAACACAGUAAAUAGGAGAAAGCUGUAAUUUAAAGAUAUGAGAGAAACAAGAUUGCGGUAGUGAUGAGUAGUUUUCUUUUUGUAUUUAAACAUUAUCCAUUAUAUUAUUGAUACCGAUUACCAACAUGACUAAUUAAAGCAGUUGUUGCGACAGUGAAUAAACUGUCUAUAAUCGCGUGUCAUUUACAUGUGUGAGUUUGCAAAAGUGUUCAGCAUGUAAGUGACUUGGCAGUAACAGCGGAAGAAGUAAAUCGAGUCAGGUUAGAUAAAACAUAGGUCCUCUAAAAGCACCACAUCGAUUGCGAGGAAAAGGUAUUCUAGCGUCCCGUAAAUAUUUAGGCUAAAUCGUAACUUACGCUGCGUAUAAGAUUUCGUUCCAGCAUUUUCUUAUAUCCCAAAUGAAGACAAUAUUUGUAUCGCAAGUAUUUUAAAUGGGUGCAAAUUAAUCUAUUCUACAAUUAUUGUUAUUACGCAUUCUCUCCUAUAUUGUAUGUUGUGGCUUCGAAAAUUGUGUUGUCUAAAAUUCCCCCUUCAUUUGAAUGCUUAAGGCCAAAUCAAUGAAAAAAUAAUAAAAAUAUAACGAUCUGCUCCAUAUCGCGCUAAAAUACAGCUCAGUAACGCAAAAGCCUUGUUAAUCAUAUUAAAAAAUUAUUACCCUACUAUUCCUACAAAACUUUACCCUUACAAUCUACCGCUAAAAUACCUGAAAUUCAACGAACCACUGUGGUUCUUAUCGAUCGGAUUAUCUACUUUGUGCUAAUAGUGCAUAGCUACAUCAUAGACAGAUAGUGCAAGGUAAUACCCGACAGCGCGAAUGUUGCAACUGUACUAAUUUAUAUUUGUAAAUCAAUUGUGUAAGAACGAUGUGUAAAAAUGAACACACACAAGCAUUAGCUCAAAUACUCUGUUAGAAUGAGAUCGAAAACAGCGCUCUCCCAAAUGUAUUAAAAAUACGAAACGAACAACCGUCGCGAUGAUUCACCAGACGAAAGAAAUAAUAUCACGAUCAAAGUUGCUGCUUUUUUUGUAAUCUAACAAAACAACAUUAUAAACAACAACACAUUGAAUACAUUUCUGUUUUGUUAUCUCCUAUCGCUGACAGCGAAAGUUUCGACUAUAUACAGAACAGUAUGUAACAUAAAAUAAAGAAAAAAUAUCAAAAAAAGCCCCUAACUCAAUUUGGUUCUAAAAAAAGCUUUUUUCUGUACGGACAUUAUCACUAAUGUGAAAUUUAUUUUUUUCAUUUAAUAGAAAAUACCGUGAA